AUGGGGCGUGGCCGCGGCAGUGGGCAUCAACCGGCUCGCAGACCAGCUGACCUGACUGGAAUAAUUUCCAUUGCCGAGAAAAACGCAUUCGUUUCCCUUGUCAACACUAUUACGGAUAACAUGCAGAAGGAUGUGAGCAACCCAUUUGACUCGCUUCCUGUGCGUCCAGUCCUUGGAGAUAACGGACAGGGACAGUGGCUUUCACUCCCUCUUCUUCGCCAUCAGGACGAGAACAAAGAGAAUACUUUGACGGGCAAAACUUUCCGUGGAAAUAUUCCAGACACGUACUCCACGACGCAUACCAAGUCUCACCACGCCGUUGAGACGGAGGAGAGCGCAAGGUUCCAACCGCUCGGGGAACUGAAGAAAGAAACCCUCGUGUUCUUCAGAAAGUGGAAAUCGAGCGUCUUGCAGAGGUUUACAGAAAUAAAUGUCAACGAUAUGACUGCUGAAACUUCAGGUCCUUAUGGUCGGGGACGCAGUGACCGUGGGGUGUACCGUGCUGCUCGUGGCGGUCGUGGUGGACGAGGAGGCUCAACAGGUCCGCAUUGUGUCCCGACACGUCAUAAAGACUCCAAGUUAGCCGCAAGACACCCCCCCGUUCCCAACACUUUGUGGUCCUUGCACCCAGACAGACGCGAGCUCCUGCUACAUAUUGCGCUAUUGAUCCUCCUCUCGCUACAGGAUUAUAAAGCAAAUUCUAGGCUUCUUCUCCUCAAGCUUACAUCAUCCCUCAAUCUAUCUUUCGAAACCUAUCAGUCGGGAGAAGCUCAAGUGGCUCAGGGGCUGGUGAGAGCGGCACUCGACGCAUUACUAGAAGAUGCCGCCAAACCUGAUGAGGAAACCGGUGGUCCAAAAUUUAAAAUGGUGCUUGGAGGUCCCGUCAAUCUCACAGCCGUAUUGAAAUACGUCCGCAUUGGCACGCGUCAGCGUGGCUUGGGGUUGUCAACGAUCACAGCAGCGAGUUUACUGGGAACCAUGGCCGAAAAUGCGGUUCUGAUGGGAUCCCUUUUCGGGAUCAACCCCGCCAAACUACCUAGCAAGAUGUUGGUUACAUUUGCCAGAGAUAUCCAAGACUUUGCGUUUGUUCGACUGUGCAAGGACCCUUACAAUUACGACGACGUCACCAUGUUGGAAGUUUCUCAUCGCAGACUUCAUGUUCUUGUCGCCCUUAGCGGAUUUUUGACAGACUCAAAAGAUGUUGCAGAAACUUGGAAAUUUCUCAAUAGCCAAUCAGAACUAUAUGCCAUCCAGUGGGAACAUGCAGCUCUGACGAAUCUUGGAAGCGCGCUCGAGACAGUCAUCAAGAGUACAGCUUGGGAAAGCGCUAAAAAGGAGAUUGCAUCCAAAUCUAUUUUCAAAACUCUAAUGACAUCCGCCUGGCCGCAGCCGCUCUUACGAAUCAGCAAAAUCGUGGACAAUGCCUGGAGUGUAGGCAUGGUUCGGGCGGAGAAAGCGGGCGCCAUGCUUGCCGAUGCUCUUAUGCGGCACAAGUUUCAAGGCGAGAGGCCAGUGUCUUUGAUCGGAUAUAGUCUUGGAGCUCGAGCCAUAUAUGCUUGUCUAAUGGUGUUGGCAGAGCGACGUCAGUUUGGCGUUGUUGAUUCUGUCGUUAUGAUUGGGGCACCGUUUCCGGCCGAGAGUCGAGUAUGGCUGACUAUGAAGAGCGUUGUAUCUGGUCGACUAGUUAACGUUUACUCCGAGAACGAUUACAUCCUUGGGUUUUUGUACCGUUCAUGCAACCUCCAAUUUGGCAUCGCUGGUCUACAGGAAAUUCAGGGGGCCGAUGGCGUGGAAAACCACUGUGUAGAGGCGCUACCCAAGGGACACUUGAGUUACUCAUCUCUGACUGAUCACAUACUCCAGAGUAUUGGCUGGGAAGAUUUUCAUGUGCAGGUCUUGAACAAGGAAAAUCCACCCCGCGGUAUACCAAGGACUACUUCACAGAAUCCGCCCAACCCGCCUCGCAGGGGCAGGUACCGGCGAUAG